UACUCGAGAGAGUACUCGUAGCUAUGACACAGAGGAAGAGAAUGGGGAGUUAUCUAAAGAACCAACUGAGCUAAACGGGUGACGUGUAAAAGCCCAAUGGCUCUAGCUGCUGUGGCGCUGAACAGCCAUCUGCUUUGCUUCUCAAAGUCAAGAACACCAUCUUCAUGGUUGCUUCACAAAACUAGCUUGUUGAGUACUCGAAAGAAGCCUCAUCUCUCUUUAACCUUUUGCUCUUCUUCUUCUUCUUCUACUUCUCAGUCGCCUGAAGCCAAUACUCAGACUGCCGAAUCCUGUGUCAAUUUGGGCCUCUCCCUGUUCUCCAAAGGAAGGGUUAAAGAUGCUUUAAUCCAGUUUGAAACGGCUCUUAGUUUAGAUCCCACACCUAUUGAGGCCCAAGCUGCUCUCUACAAUAAAGCCUGCUGCCAUGCCUACCGAGGGGAAGGGAAGAAAGCUGCUGAUUGCCUACGUACUGCUUUAAGGGAAUAUAAUCUAAAAUUUGGCACCAUUUUGAAUGAUCCAGACUUGGCUUCCUUUAGAGUUUUGCCUGAGUUCAAGGAAUUGCAAGAAGAGGCUAGGCUGGGAGGGGAAGAUAUAGGCUACAGCUUCCGUAGAGAUCUCAAACUUAUUAGUGAGGUCCAAGCACCAUUUCGUGGGUUUAGGAGGUUUUUUUAUGUGGCAUUCUCAGCAGCUGCAGGAAUCUCAUUGUUCUUUACAAUUCCAAGGCUCUUUCUUGCAAUUAAAGGUGGGGAAGGUGCCCCAGACCUCUGGGGAACUGCUGGAAAUGCUGCCAUUAAUAUUGGUGGCAUUAUCGUUCUAGUGGCCCUGUUUUUGUGGGACAAUAAGAAAGAAGAAGAACAAAUUGCGCAGAUAACCAGAGAUGAAACUCUAUCAAGGUUGCCUUUGUGCCUUUCCACUAAUCGGGUUGUUGAGCUUGUACAGCUACGGGACACUGUUAGGCCGGUAAUUUUAGCAGGGAAAAAGGAGACUGUUUCCCUGGCUAUGCAGAAGGCAGAGAGGUUUCGAACUGAGCUCCUUAGGCGAGGUGUUCUCUUAAUUCCUGUUGUUUGGGGCGAAGUUAGGGAACCAGAAGUACAGAAGAAAGGAUUUGGUGUUCCUAGGAAGGCAGCUGCUUCUCUUCCUUCUGUUGGGGAAGAUUUUGAGAAGCGAGCUCAGUCUGUAGUUGCAAAAUCAAAAUUGAAAUCUGAGAUUCGCUUUAAAGCGGAGGCUGUAUCACCAGUGGAAUGGGAAAGGUGGAUAAAGGAUCAGCAGAAAUCUGAAGGAGUUACUCCAGGUGAGGAUGUCUACAUAAUACUGCGCCUCGACGGUCGAGUUCGAAGAUCAGGGAAAGGCAUGCCUGACUGGCAACAAAUUGUGACGGAGCUGCCGCCAAUGGAAGCUUUGUUAAGUAAGCUAGAAAGAUAGAAGUUCCCGUCUCUGCAAUUACUUCCUGAAGUUUUCUCUUUUUUGGCUUUUUCCUCUCUGUAAUUGUUAUCAUAUGAUUUUUAUACCAUCCAUGGUGAUUGCUCAUUAUGCCCUCUCUGUUAUUCAAGUGAUUUUAUUAGAAAAGCUUGUUUCCUUGGUCCUUGGAGCUGCUUAGCUCCUCUUUUUUUUUUUUUUACUUGUAACUGCUAUCCUAUUGUAAAUUUCAAAUGGCAAAUAUUGAAGAGAAGGAAACCAAAAUUUGGCAACUGACAAAUACAGUGAUAGCACAUGCAUUCAGGUGUAAGUUAGAGCUGGGAUUUUUAUUUAUUCAAUUUCAGCUCAAAUCGCGAUGUCCCAAAUGCCUCGACGUUUCCUUUUGACCCUUAAGUUCUGGAUUCUUGAAAACUGUGCUACUUUGGAGUGCGAUCUGGUUCUUCUUUUUGCAAGAGUUUACGCCAUGUUUGGUUGGGGUGAAGGAGGAGGAUGCAACUUAUAUGUCCUGUUUGGAAAGAGGUCUGAGAGGUGUAUAUAAAGACAAAUAGGAGCAAGUCUUAUUUCUUUUUAUCCUUCAAAUGUCAAUUUUGUUUUAUACCUCAAAUUAGGGUGUAAAGGGGAGGACGUCAGACAAUUCUUCAAAAUUUAAUAUCCAUUAUCCUUAUGCAUUUUUUAUUAA